AUGCCUCUCCUUGAGCAGCUCCAAGCCUACAAGGUCACAGCUUACAACACUAGGCACCAAAGAGGAAGAAAGCUUAGUGUUGGAGGGGUGAUCACACCAUCUUUGUGCAGCUGGAGUCCCAAGUGGACAAGAGAAGGUCUACUCCACCAGGUUGGAUGGACAUCAAGUUUUGCAAGACCAACCUCCUCAUUGAGCACAAGGAGUUGGAUGGGAGAUUCCAAUUCAAGUUCACACAUCCAUUGGCUGGACCUCCAAGCUUCUCUGCCCAACCCUGAGCUCACCACAGGUCAGGGGUAG